AUGGGGCUGGGCUGCCCCGGAGGGGGGCUCUUCUGGCUGGUGCUCGCCUCCGGGGCAUUCUGGGGCCAGGCCUCUUGCCAGGCGCCGCCUCAGGGCUUUCGAUUCCUUUCCUACGAGGUGAUCAUCCCCAGGAGAAUGGCGCCCCGGCGUGGGCGGGAGCCCCAAGACCUCACGUACUUACUGGAGCUUGAGGGAAAGGGCCACGUGGUGCAUCUCCGGCAAAAGAGAGGUUUUGUCCCAAAACACUUCCCCGUCUUCAGCUACAGCAGGGCUGGGGACCUGCAGGUGGAUUAUCCUUUCAUCAGGGAUGACUGUUUCUACCAUGGCUUUGUCCAGGACAAGCCCUCCUCUCUGGUUUCGCUCAGCACUUGCUCAGGGGGCCUCAGGGGCCUCCUCCAGAUAGAUGGCAGGAUCUAUGAAAUUGAACCUGCCCAGGCAUCUGCUGGACAACAUGUGGUGUAUCGGUUGGGAGAGAAAGAGGGUACAGUCCGCAUGACCUGUGGGCUAAUGGAGGAAGAGCAAAGGCAUCAAGUGGCCAUGUUCCAGAACACAGAGAAUGUAGCGAGCAAAAGUGUCCGGGGAAGCCUGUGGAAGUCACAACCCAGGUAUGUGAAGAUUGCAGUUGUGGUGGAACAUGGAUGGUAUGUCCAGCUUGGAAACAAUGAAACAGCUGCUGCUAGGCAAGUGCUGGAUGCUGCCCAUAUUGUGGAUUCACUCUAUAAACCUCUUGGUGUUCAUGUGGCUGUGGUUGGAUUGGAGCUUUGGUCACAAAGGAAUCUCAUAACCAUUACAAAAAGUAUAGAUGAGCUACUGUUGAUGUUCAAUACAUGGAGAAAAACGAUACUCCUCCAACGUCUGAGGCAUGAUGUUGGCCAUCUGUUUGUAUAUAAGCGUUUUGGAGCUAAGCUCGGAUUAUCAUUCAUAGGAACAGUGUGUGAUCCCACCUCGGCAUCUGCUGUUGAGUCAUUUAUUACAUCUAGUUUGUUUUCAUUCAGUAUAACUUUUGCUCAUCAGUUGGGCCAUAACCUUGGCAUGUUACAUGAUGGGAAGGAGUGCACUUGUGAUCAGCAUUCUUGCAUUAUGGCCUCAUUACAGAACAGCACAAGUAAAUUCAGCAAUUGCAGUUAUGACAGUUAUUUUAACCUGAUCAAUAGUGAUGGGAAGCAUUGUCUGUUAAUUCCACCAGAACAUGAGAAACUGUAUGAACCCCAAAACUGUGGCAACAAUGUGGUAGAAAGUGGAGAACAAUGUGACUGUGGUUCAGAAUAUCAUUGUGACUCAGAUGCAUGCUGCCAGUCUAACUGUAUGUUACGGACAGGAGCCACUUGUGCUUUUGGAACAUGCUGUGCCAACUGCCAAUUUAUUUCAGCUGGAACACUUUGUAGAGAAAGCACUAAUAUAUGUGACCUUCCUGAAUAUUGCACUGGGUUUUCAGAGUUAUGCCCUGAAGAUGUUUAUGUACAAGAUGGAACCCCAUGUUAUGGUGAUGCCUACUGUUAUCAUGGGAAAUGUUCUACUCAUGAUGAACAAUGCAAAAGUAUUUUUGGUGAACGAGCAGUGGUUGCCCCACUAAAUUGCUUCACAGAAAUAAACACUCGAGGUGACCGUUUUGGCAAUUGUGGCACUAUUCCUGGUAAUAUUUAUAAGAAAUGUGAAAACAGGAAUGUCUUGUGUGGGAGAGUCCAGUGCAUAAACAUUGAUGAGGUACCUGACUUGAAUGAGCAUAGCACCAUAAUUCAGACUUCUCUUAGCAACAGCUUGUGCUGGGGUACAAACUACCCAACUGGAAUAGGCAUAGCUGAUACUGGAGCAGUGAGGGAUGGCACACAAUGUGGCAGUGGCAUGAUAUGUAUUGAUAGCGAUUGUAUCAAGGUCUCUCUCCUGAAUUAUGAUUGUAAUCAAACAAAGUGCCAUAACAGAGGCAUAUGCAAUUCUCAUAAAAAUUGUCAUUGUGACUCUGGUUGGGCUCCUCCAUAUUGUCUUAGUGCAGGUUAUGGUGGCAGCAUUGACAGUGGGCCUCCUUCGCCCAACGGUGGGAAUGUAGGAAUUAUUUCAGGCAUUGUAAGAGUUCUUCCUGUUAUUGUUGUUUCUGGAACUGCAAUUGGCUUUGUAUAAGGAACUGAUGGAAUUGUUGAUGUGACUAUAUUUCACUUACUCAUGUCUCAGAUGUCAAAUUCUUUUAUAAGGACAAGCCUUAAGUGUCUAACUUAACAUUGAGAACACUUAGGAGAGGAUGAGCUUAUAAAAGAUGACCUGUACUAAGCUCUUUGGUAAGCUAUACUGCAAUAAUGCAUUUUGUUGUAAAAUUUAUUUAGCCUCUAAGAAUGAAAACAGCAGCAGCUUUUACAAUCAUUAGUUUUCUAGGCUUAUCAGCUUAUGUAAAUACUUGAGAAAUCUAGAUAAUAAUGACUGAAGAUGCCAUCACACAGGACUUGCCAUGAUAAUUACCAUGGAGUGUCUUAGAGACAUAGAGCAUGCCCACCACUGAAUACUAUGUACUUAAAUAGAUUCUGUCUGACAGAUGUCAUUUGCAGGUCACGUGGAGAUAAUAGAAUCAAUGAUUAUGCGAAACCACUGGUUAAAAAUAAAGAAAUAGCCUUGUUCGUUAUUCUAAUUGGCACUUGCAUCUUUUUUAACCCUGUAUUAUUUGAAAGGAGAAACCAACAUUCUUAUUCUUGCUAAAACUCAAGCACAUUAGUAGGUAAUAGGUUGGCACAAUUCUUUUUGACCCAAAAGAUAGUUCUUGAAAUGAUUUCCACAAGUGCCUGCAUUUAAUAACAUUGCAUUGGAACUGGACAGUGGAAUUGAGAGUUUAGUCAAAUAACUGAGGUGUAUUCCUGGACAAGUGUAGUUCAGAGUUUCAUCUUCAAGCAAAUUAUGUGUAUGACUUAAAUCACAAAUUAUUGUGAUAAAAUAUUUAUAUCCACUGGAAGUUCCUAACUGCUGUUUUGUAGUGGUAAAUAUUUAGACUGAACUGACUUUUGCAAACUAUAACAGAAAGACCACCAGAAGUUUGGGAAAAAAUUCCAAAAAGAAUUUUUCAGAGGAUGUGUAGAUGUAGAAUAAUGAACAAUUCCACAAUAAUGACAAUACAAGCUUUCUCGUGCAUCUGAAUUUCUUUAGAAAAAAGUAAAAGAGCUCAAAAUGGUACAUUCAUUAACUUCUGAUUCAAAAAUUUUGUAGGUUUACAAAAUCAACAAUUUUGGCAGCAGUCUUAUCACAAGAACAAAUAGUGGGCAAUAUUCAGUGCUGCCCUGUGUUAGUGGGGCCUACUACUAGCGCAGUCAGAAGCUCACAACUCCCGAAGAAAGUGGAAACAAGUGGAAAUACCUACUUUGGCAACAGCCUGCAUCAGCACAGCUUGGAAAAUUGACCUGUUCUGUUCCAGAAACUAAUGUUUCUUCUAGUAUUUUGGCCUGCUUUAGGCCUGUUGGGCAGUGGGUCCCACUGGCAGAAAAGAGUGGGAGUGCAGUGGCAGUUUUGGAUACUGCCCAGUGGAUAGAAUCAUAGCAUAAAUACAUCAAUCCUGGUGGAAUGACCAAUUUGUGUCUUCACA